UUCACGUCGCGGAGAGCGCAUGUCGAGAAUUAAUUGCCUGCUAAUUUUAAUUUAGAAUCGCGUUCAGUUGAACAUUAAGUUAAGCGUAAAACGUGUGUUAAAAUAACUCAAUGCCAUCGUGUGUUAAAGUGACGUUUAUUGAGGAGUUGAUCAUGUGUAAUUGUAAGAUUUCGCGUAAAAGCAGCGCCAGGAAAAAUGCUAAGAAAACGUGCAUGGCGCGAGCUCUAUACGACAAUAUCGCGGAGUCACCAGACGAGCUGGCCUUCCGGCGCGGCGACCUGCUGACCGUCCUCGAGCAAAACACGGGCGGCAGCGAGGGCUGGUGGCUCUGUUCUUUGAGAGGGAGACAGGGAAUAUGCCCGGGCAACCGGCUGCGGAUAGUGGCGGGCGUGUUCGACGCAAGCGCCAUGCAGCGGCGGCGCGCGCGCACGCCCGCGCCUGUUGCGCACCAGCCGUUGCCGGCGCAACAGUCGCCGGCGUUUACCAAAAUCGAAGAAUGUUCACAUUACGACGUACCCCGAGCCCCGAUGCCGGUGCAGCGGAUCGGGAACUACGACUGCCCGCGUCCGAUCGCCGACUGGUACGACGCGCCAAGGGCUCCCCGGCCCGCCAGUGCCGACUCGGCUUGCAGUGGCACUGGCAGCCUCACUUCUGCCACGUCUAGCGCGUCGGCGAAUUCUGGCAGCUCAGUACAUUCUGCCGCGUCGGCGUCGAGCACGUAUGACGUGCCUCGGUCGCGGGCGUUGCCGCUGCCGUGUGACGCGGCGUUGGAAGCUUUAGAACGAUUACAAGAGGAAGCGUCAGCAGCGGUAUCCCGGCUACUAUCCUACGUGACGCCGGGCUGGCGGCGGCGGGGGGCGUUACGCGCGCGGGUGUUAGACGUGCGCGUGGCCGGUGCAAGACUCCGCGCUGCGCUACACGACCUGGCCGUGUUCGCUGACGCUACGCUGGCUAACGCGCAUGAUGCGCAAGACAAAGGUAUCGCAGUAAAGUUAAGACCCCUAGUGAAAGCGCUGAAAGACGCCGAGCGCAUAACGCACGAAGCGACGAGCGCGCUAGACGCCGGCGACUGGGCGCCCGAGCGCCUCGAGCGGGACCGAGAGCCCACGGACGGGACGCAAGACGCGCUCGACCAGCUGGUGGCGUGUGCGCGGUCCUUAACAGAGGACGUGAGGAGAGCAGCCUCGUUUAUCAAUGGAAAUGCGUCGUUACUAUUUAGACGAUCAGCAACAGUCCCAGUGCCGGAACACGAGUGGACCGAGGAAUACGACUAUGUGCGGCUGGAAUCGCGCUCGGCUGUGGGACGGCGGAAUGCGGAGAUUCGCGCCGCCUUGCCUGAUAAGCUACGGGCCUCCUUCGACGCUUUGGUUAGAGACGCUGACCAUGCAGGCGAGGUGAGCGCAGUAGCGGCCGCGACCCGUCUUCCACCCGACGACAGACAGCUAGCAGCGUUCUACGCGGCGCAGACAGCUACAUACGGCGCGCAUCUCGCCACCGCGGUUGAGGCGUUCUUGCGGACUAUUGAGAUGGGCCAGCCGCCCGAUGUGUUCCUUGCACACGGGAAGUUUGUGGUCCUGAGCGCGCAUCGGAUAGUGCACGUUGGGGACACAGUACAUAGGAGCGCCCAACACGCAAGUCUAAAGUCCCGAGCGUUACGCUGUUCCGACGCCCUAUCAGACGCGCUCGCCGCAACCGUCGCCAAAACAAAAGCAGCCGCCCAACAAUUCCCUUGCGCCAGCGCCGUGGCGGAAAUGGCCGAAGCCGCGCGAACGCUCGCGGCCCGAGCUCAGGAUCUCCGUAGAGUACUCGUGCGAGCCGCUGACCCGCCCCCGCACCCCGAUACCCCCCUAACACCGGCCACAGCCGUCGCCCCCUCGGCCCCCACCACACCCCUCACCCCUCUAACGCCCCACAACAACUCCGGCACACCCUCGCUUGCCGCUCUCCAAAUAUAAAACCGACUCCCGCGUCCCACAGACGCUUUACAUUCCCAAAUCGCACCGAUUCACUUCCAGAUCGGGUCCGGUCUGGAAGAACCCCUUGAUGUCUUAUAACAAGUACAGGGUAACCCAGUCCAGAUAUUCGGCGUUUAUCUGGAAUAUUUUCAAAUCGAGAGAAAGUCGUUUUGUGCGCAGGCGCCUUUACAGACGACGUGGACCGUCACCGUCUAGACGCAACGGAGAAGAGAGUACGGCGAGGUGUGGACGGAUUUAUUGAUUGUCGCUAUUUAUACGAUAGUUUAUCGAUGUAUUAUAAGGACGACGCUGAAGUGACAAGAGGCUGGUCACGUCAGCGGAGAAUAUAAAUUAACGUAAACUAGGAUGACCACCGGCUAGAUGGCGCGACGAUCAGCGUAGGGUGGCCGAUGACAGACGUGGCGGACCCGAGACCGGGCCCGCGGACGAAUGUGAGCUAAGAGUAAAUUAUUGAGCUGCUUUCGGCAGCACAUGAGCCUUUUCGCUUGAACGCGAUUAGCGCUAUAUUACCAAAGAAAUUUUCAAGAUAGGACGUACAAUACGACAACGUAGACUGCCAACACGAUGACGAAUAACCGAGUUUCUAUUUAGAUUUUAGCAUAAAUAUAUAUUAUGGUAAAUCAAGGCUGCCAUUAGAACAUUUUAUUUUAUUGACGGAACGAUAUUUGCACCGGACUAGAGAAACGAGUUUUUAAUUGCUGGAUGCUCAUUUAGCUGUAGUGAGUUGAGUUGUCCGUCCAGUUUUAUACAAUUUUGCAACAAUAUUGUAACUUUUGUAGCAUGUGUAUGUGAGUUAUAAUGUGCGACAUUAUUUUGUCGUGGGCAAUAGUUGUUUCGGAAGAUAACGAGUUAUUAUUCCGGUGGGAACCACAUGGCGACGCGUCGCAUCGCUUCCAACCUAGUACUUAGUACUUAAUGAGCCGGUUAAACUGUUUUUAACUAUGCUGUGAGCAUUUAACGUUAUGGCGCUUGACAAUUUACUGAUAUCUGAAUGUUUGUGAAGAAAUGCUCAGUUUAACAAGACUUGUAUUUUCAAGUCACGAACUGUACUUGAAAUUAGGCACAUAAUACAGAGCUGUAUUAAACGUGAUGUGAAUAGACAAGUAUAGUUUGUGGCUCUGGACAAUAAACAUCGAAGUUACAAUAAAUGUUCUAACUAUUAGUAUACAGAAAACGUUCCUUGAAACAGAACCG